AUGACUGAUACACACCAAUCAUGGAUUGAUAUGGCUACAGAAACUGAUGUUGCUAUCCAACAACCUAUAGUUGAAAAGGUUGAAGAAACACAAAAGCCACAAGAAAUGACAUAUUAUAAAGAAAGAUAUGGAGAAUCUGAUUAUGUAUUAAUGUUCUGGAACCCAAGUCAACCCCUUGAACAAUGGAUGAUUAAAGACUUAUUAGAAGGAAUUGAUGUCAAAGCUAGAGGAAUUAGAGUAGGUAAAACUGGAAAGUGUUAUGCUGAUUUUGAAAAUGCUGAAACACUUGAACGUGUAAAAGAACUUGAUGGAAAUUCAGUAGGAGAUAUUGUUAUCACUGUUUCUGCUGUUCCACCAAGAGAUGAUUCACAAAAGAAUUCAUUUAAUAAACCAAGAAGAGAUGGUAGAGAACCAAAGGAAGAUGGUAAUGAACAAAGAAGAAGAGGUAGAGGAAAUAGAGAAGGUGGAUCAUAUAGAGAAAGAAAAGAAAACCAAGAAAGAAAGGAACGUGGUGAUGGAGAAGAACGAAGUCAUAGAGGACGUGGUGGGUAUAGAAAUAAUUAUAGAAAUGGAGAAAAACGAGAUUAUAAACCAAAAUAUCAUUAUGGUAAUGAACAACAAAAAGAAUCCACAAAAGAAGAAGUAAAAUCAUUAGGAACUUCUUCUCAAGAAACACCAAUUGAUUCUAAACCAAUUGAACAUAAGACUGAUAUUAAAGAAAUUCCAGCUCAUAACAACACUGAAAAAAAAGAAGAAAGACAACAACUCCCACCAAGAGAAGGAAGAAGAUAUGGAGAAAGAAAAGAACAUACACAUGGUAGAAGAGAAGGAGGUGAUCAAAGAAGAGGUGGAAGAGGAGGUAAAAAACAAUUCCAUGCAUCUGAACCAAUUGAAUGGGAUAAUGUUAAGAAAGUUUCUCACCCUGUUGAACAACAACCUGUUGUUGUUAAACAAGAACCACAACCUAAUAUACAAGAUGAUGAAGGAGAGUGGCAAGAAGUUAAAUCAAAAACACAAAAGAAGAAAGGAGGAAAAUAA